AUGUACGGCUCUACUCUCCCCCUGAUCAUCUGCGCCCUUGCCGUAGGCCUAGCCACAGCCCACGCAGUCCCAAUUGAUACGACCAUUGAUCCGAGAUCUCUCGAUGAGCAAGGAAGAGAGAAACAGCCCUGGGCAGCCCACGACGUCCAAUGUCACAACGAAGCCGACUUCCCGGGCCACGCCGAUAUCAACCCCAGCAUGCAAUGGGAAGCUUCGUUGAGUUUCUGCGCCAGCGACCAGGGCAAACGGAUCUUCACGACGUACCAUGACCCGGCGGAGAACCAUUAUCCGGUUGUUUUCAGGUCGCGCUACAGGUGGAAGGAUAGCUGGAAAAUCAACUACGACUUUUACGUUCAGUGGGUGGCUGGCUGCAGAACCGCGUUCGGUGCGCAGAGGGUCGAUGAUCCUUUGCUUAGCAAAGACGGAAAGCCGUCCUGUGCAUCCAUCAUGAAUGACAAUUUCAAGAAGUGCAACAACGGCGGCGUUGGCGGUGCAACCCAAGUCGGCUGUCUUCUCUACACUUUUAACGGUGGGAAAGGCGAUAAUCUACUCACGGUGGCCGAACUUGAACAACGCAAGAUCUACGACAACAAGUACAGCAUUACGAGGGGACCAGAACCCUGA